AGACCAUUCAAUUAGAAAUUUUAUUGUCGAUAUAAAGUUAUCUUUGGCGCACGUAAGCUCAAGUCUGGAAAAACGCAGCAACUCUAUAGGAGAAACUUCACUACUCUACCAGCGUUCCUUUUGAUAAGCGACAAAAAGGGACACCAGAGGGGAGAUUCUGACGCCGCCCCACAAUCUCUCUGAGCAGCGAACUCACGACUCUGUCUCCAACCAGCCUCAGGCGGAUGUACCGGACUCCCACGCGCGUCAAGUUCACGACCAUCCGCUCACCCCGAAUCCUCCAGAGAGGGACGAAAUCAGCCGCAGCAGCAGGGAAACCCGCCACCACCACAACCAUGGCCGCCACCCGCCCGACGCAUUCGCACACGGGCACGCCCCUCCCGGCGAUCCUGAUGCUGCACGGCGGCGGGUCCAACAGCACGGUCUUCAAGAUCCAGUGCCGGCGGCUGAUCUGGAACCUCGAGAAGCAGUUCCGGUUCGUGUUCGUGCAGGCGCCCAUCGAGGGCACGCCCGGGUUCGGCAUGCUGCCCGUGUUCGCGUCGUGCGCGCCCUUCUACCGCUGGGUCAGCCGCAAGUUCCAGGCGGGCGAGAGCGACCGGGAGGCGACGCCGCGGGCCGAGGUCGAGGCGGUGGACCGCGCGAUCCUGCGCGCCAUGGAGGCCAACGGCGGCGUCGACAGCUUCAAGGGCAUCAUCGGCUUCUCGCAGGGCGCACGCCUCGUGCCGGGCCUGCUCCUGCGCCAAAAGAUCCAGGAGCGCGACAACCCGGACCACCACAGCCCCUGGAAGUUCCGGUUCGGCGUCAUGAUUGGGGGCCCCUUCCCGCCCAUCUCGCUCGCCGAGGCCGUCGACGUCGCCGACUACGACCUCCUCAAGCAGGUCCCCACCGUGCACGCGUGGGGCCGCGACGACCACGUCAAGCCCGGCUGCGUCGAGCUGAUGAAGGCCUGCGAGAGCGACCACUGCUUCCAGAUGGAUUUCGACGGCGGCCAUCACCUGCCUCUCAAGGACGUCGAGGCGAAGGAUCUGUGCGAUCUGAUCAUGGCCGCGUGGUAUGCCGCCGGAGGGACCUACGGGAUCAGCGCCGACGAGACGUACUGAUGUCUCGAUAUGAAUGGAGGGGGAUGUUGGGAUGUGAGGGAUCGACUCAUAUGCGAUUGUCUGAAUGGGGAAGGCAAAAAGGGAGCGUAACGACAUUUUACGAUGAUUAGAGUAUAAAACAUCCCAUAUUACUAGACUCUGACGAUACGCUGCAGGGGUAACUGUCAAGCCCGACAUUCAUGAAUUG